UAAUUGUGGUUGGAGUCAGCUUUGCUUGCCAUUGAAAUUUCAGUUUUUAUCGCAAAGCCGACUAGGUAACAUCACAAACGGAAGAGCCCCAACCGCCGGCACUAAUUCGACUUGAGCUGAGCCAUAUUUGUUGUCGUUUUCCAAGAAAGAAUUUUAACUGCUGCUUCAUUUAUUCCCCCUUUUGUUUUUGAACGUUUACUGCCAAUCGAAAAAAGUUGUUACUAAAAACGCAAAAAGAAUGACUGACUAUCUAUUCAGUAAGGGAUGGGCUCCCAAGCUUUCAUUGAUUCUAAUGUUUUUACUAAUGUCAUGCCGUCAAUCGUUACAAGCUAAAUCAAUAAACGAUUUUCAACAACUCGAGACUAAUACCAUCAACAAAGCCUUGGAGCAAUUGUCAACUGGCAGCAUGGAUCCUCUAACAAAGUUACGUGCAUUGUGUCUGUCUCGCGGCGCCAUUGGCAUUAAUGGUCUUGGAAGAAUAUUCCGCAACAUGGAUGAUGAUGGAAGUAAGGCUCUCAACGAGUACGAGUUUACCAAAGGCAUCAAGGAAACUGGCUUAGAAGUGAGUAAUGAGGAGAUUAAGCAGCUAUUCCGCAGCUUUGAUGAAGAUGGCAGUGGUUCUAUUAACAUGACUGAAUUCCUUCUUAAGCUGCGACCUCCCAUGUCUCAGGCUCGUUUAGAUAUGAUAGACAAGGCAUUUACAAAAAUGGAUAAGACUGGGGAUGGGAUCAUUACACUGGAAGACUUAAAGAACGUGUACACAGCCCGCGAACAUCCCAAAUUCAAGAGUGGAGAAAAGACUGAAGACGAAAUUCUUACUGAUUUUUUGCAUAAUUUCGAAGGAGGUCGUGGAAAUUUGGAUGGAAAGGUCACCAAGGAAGAAUUCAUAAAUUAUUAUGCCACAAUAAGCGCCUCAAUAGACAGUGAUGAAUACUUCGAGUUUAUGAUGAAAAAAGCUUAUGCACUAUCCUAAACAUUAUAAAUCAAUUUAAAAUUUUAAUGUCUUAACACAUAUUGACACUCUCGUCUAUUUCUAUUUAAUUUGAUUAACUAUAUAUGUAUUUAACAGAAAAGAAUAAAGUAUUAUGUGCAAUCGAAAA